AGCGCGCGGGAGCGAGGCAGGCGGAGCCGCAUAUAUAAAGGGGUCGAGUGGCUGGCAUCUUAAGCCAAGCUGGUCUACCGUACAACAUACAUCUCUCCCCAGAAUGAAGCUGUGCGCCGUGCUCGUGGGCCUCUGCUGCCUCGCCCUUGCCCCGGCGGGGACCCAGGCCUCCAGCGUGAAGGAGCGAGUGAAGAGGGACGGCGGCGUGAUCACUGCUGCCCUCAUCAGCGCCGGCGCCAGCCUCGUGUCCGGCGACGGAGGCGGGUCGUCCACGUGGCAGCUGCCUUCGGGACAAAUGAUCGACGCCAACAACUGCUGGCAGGACGGCUCCGGACCCUGCGCCAACGGCAACUGCCUGGACGACGAAGGGCGGCGCGGAUUGGUCAUCAAGGAGACCACGGUGUCGUGCAAGUGGUUCUGCGCCUGGAGGGCCCACUGCAAGACCCAGAUCUGCUGCGCCUGACGUGGCUGCUGGCGGCCCCUGCACCUUCUAACUUUGGCCCUCGGGUCCGUGGGUCGCGACCUGCUUCUUGGGGCUGAACUGAUUCUCGCUCUGCGCCUCCGACCUUGUCCAUGGUAGUCAAGCAAGCUGCUCUUUCUGCUUGUAAAAGACAAUUGAACUUUAGUUUUCGCAGCAUCUGGUACACAAAACACAACACUCUUGUGUCAUUAUGAAGUGCUUGUGCCUCACUGCCAAGCACAGUAAUUAUCAAUAAAUUUUCUUUCCUU